AUGACCACGGCCAACGGCGACGAGGUUCGCUCUUCCGUGGCCAACGGCGGAACCAAGCCGUUCAAGAUCCUCGUCGAUUACAAUCCGCGCGAAGAUCUCGCGUACAAGGUCUACCGACACUCCACCUCAAGAGAUCUUCAAUCCCCGUCGAGAUCCAUCCGAUCAUCUAGUCCGACCUCCGGAAGGGCGGCCUGUACUGGCGGGAGCGGGGCAAGCUGGAGAGCACGGAGUUCUCCUUCUCCCGUUUCCUCACCCCGCACAUGGCCAAUUACAAAGGUGGGCCAUGUUCAUCGACUGCGAUUUCCUCUACUUGGCCGACAUCAAGGAGCUCCGCGAUCUGGCCGACGAUAA